GUGACAGGUGCCGGGACCGGAUGUGGUCGGGUGCGUGUGUGUGUGGCCGCCGGCCCGGCAGGGUAUAUAAAGCUAUGAGCUGGCGUCGGCCCGGCCUCUGCGUCUGCGAGCGGAACAUCGCGGUUGGAAAGGGGUCGCUCAGGUUCGGGGCUUCCGGAUGUCCUGCGGCUGUCCUGAGAGGAUUUAACGUGCACGAGUCAAAGACACGAGAGUCCCCACCCAACCGUCAGGCCAAUGUGGAGCUCAACAUGGUGCAGCUGUCUCCUUCCCCUACCCUGGACAUCAGCCCUCCACCUGAACGCUCCGAGGAGGGGGAGGAAAGACAGGAGGACCCGGUGACGGCUGGUAGCCCCAGAGGGGGCUCGCCUGGUUGUCUGAGCACCCUGCAGCUCGAGGCCUCUACCGCCUACCACGGCUACGAAACCUACAUAGAAGAUGGUCUCAUCUGCCUCAAACACAAAGUCCGCAACUUGGAGAAAAAGAAGCUGAAACUCGAAGACUACAAGAAGAGGCUGAACCGGGGCGAGGCACUAAACAAGGAUCAGAUGGCGGCUGUGGAAAAGUAUGAGGAGGUGUUGCAUAACCUGGCAUUCGCACGGGAGCUGCACAAAACCCUGGAUGGCUUGACUCAGAAUUUGCUGAGCGCCCAGAAGAAGGCAGUGAAGAAGGAGCAGGUGGCCAAGGCGGAGGCAGAGAGGAGGCGUCUGAGCACUGUGCUCCAGGUCCAGCACCUCCUCCACAGGCUGCAGCAGGAGCACAUCAGGAGAGACCUGCUGGCUGGACACAACCAGGCGCCCCACAUCCCCGCCCAGCAGCUGCAUAGCCUGAGUCAGCUCGCCGCCCUGCUGGGAGUCAAGAGGGAUAACAAGCUGAGUUUAGAGGAGCAGAUGGAGCAAGCGGCUCUGGCCUACCUGGACCUGCUGGAGGGCAAAGACAAGCCUGUGGCUGGAUCCACAUUUCAGCUGUUGAAAGAGGAGCUCACCAGGCUGUUGAACUGCAAGUACUUCAGUUGUCUUCCACCUCCACCCAGCAAGUCUCCAGAGGUGUUGCUGUCCUCAACCAGCCACAGCACCACGUCAAAGUCAAAACCAAAUGACGUUUCAAAGAAGGAGUUUUUCAACAGCCUCUACCUGACUGACAUGAAGAGUCCUCCCACUCAGAACUGGAAGGAGGACUUCCAGGCCUUGAGCGAGCAGGAGCCUCCUGACUGCUGGGAUAUGGAGCUCUCAGAUGGACCCGCUUCACCCCAAGGUGCAGUCCACAAACCAUGGAGAGGAGCUGCCACUUUCAUCCCCAAAGUCCCAGUCACCAAGAAACAAUCUGCUGACUGCAAACAGAGAAAAGACAGGCGAGCCAAAGGAGAGCAACAUGGCAAGUCGGCAGUUCACCUGGAAAUGCCUAUGGAGGUUUUCAACUCUCCAGGUGCCUUACCCAAAGACCCCAUCCUGAGGAAGCAGCACCUAGAGGACCUCAUGACAAAGAUCCACAGCUCCUUCAGUUUCAUGCAGGACUCUCUUCUGGAUGGUGAGAGCUCCCCCGCUAAUGGCCACCCCAGACUGAAGAGACGGCCGUCUGGAUCUCCCUCUCCUCUGGGUAACCUGGAACAAGUCAACAAGCUCUCUCACACAGACCUCGGAAGCCCAGUUGAUAUCCUGCCCAAAGCAAUGCAUUCCACCCCACUGCCUACCAGGCUUAUGGAGCGCAAAGCCAGUCUAACAAAUGGGGAUCAGUGCCUGGAGAGCUGUGACCUGGAGCUUUCCUCAAAGGACCUACCUCAUGAGCCACUGCAGUUGGCUGAAAAAAAGAAGUUUCCUUCACCGCCGCUGUACCGCAGGGAGUCUACCAUCUCUGUCAGUCUGGAGAAGAGCCGUCCUCGUACACCGGUAUCUGAGUCAGGGAAGCAGUCCCCCUGUACUGGGGUGACAUCUUGCACCUCCACCCCCCCUCAGGGACAGACGUUCUCUACACCCCCCACUAGGCGAACUCUGACGUCUGCACAGUUUCAGAACAUCCAGUCAAUCUUCAAGGUGAAUGCCUCUUUACCUCAGAAUGGGGAACUGAACUACAAACAGGAUUCUGCGGUUUUCACCGAGCCCAGGUACAGCACUGCCAGUACCCAAACACCACCUGAGUUUGCUCCCUCAGAAGACGAACCACAGCCGGUGUGCCAGUCAGACUACACGAUGGGUAAUGGUGGACAGAUCUUCCUGUCCCCUGGCCAGUCGGGCGGAAGCGUCGGUCGACCCGGCCAGUCAUACUACACCAGAGGAUCUGCGAGAGGUAUGGCACGUGGCGGCAAGGGACUGGCACAAAACUUUCGCUCUUCUGGUUGGCAUCGAGGAGCAUCCUACAUCCCCCAGACUAAUUUCAGGGACUUUGGCCCUCUCCUAUAUGCUGCUAGAGACUCUGGAUACCAGCACAACUACAGACGUGGAGGAGGGAGGCAUAACUCAAGUGCAGCCUGGAGUGACUCUUCCCAGGUGAGCAGCCCAGACCGGGAGGGAGCCUUUACACUCGUGGACUCUGGUCAUGGGGAUUCUCUGUCGGUCUCCACCAUGGAGGUCCCUCUGACUCCACACGGCCACCAUCACACCGCCCUGCUUCCCAUGCAACUCUACUCCCUCUCCCAGCCGCUGCGAGUGGCCUUCACCGCCUCUCGCACCGCCAACUUCGCCCCGGGCAACCUGGACCAGCCCAUUGUGUUCGACCAGCUGCACAGCAACCUGGGGGAGAUGUACGACACGCACAUCGGCCGCUUCACCUGCCCUGUCAAUGGAACCUACGUCUUCAUCUUCCACAUCCUGAAGCUCGCCAUCAACGUGCCGCUCUACAUUAACCUCAUGCGCAACGAGGAGGUGAUGGUGUCGGCGUACGCCAACGAUGGAGCACCAGAUCAUGAGACGGCCAGCAACCACGCCAUCCUACCCCUCUUCCAAGGAGAUCAGGUGUGGCUCCGGUUGCAUCGCGGUGCCAUCUAUGGCAGCACCUGGAAGUACAGCACCUUCUCUGGCUUCCUGCUGUACCAGGAUUGAACUGUUGUGGAACAAACUGCCCUCUUCUGUGUGGACUGUUUGCUUUGUAAUAAAUGGUGAUUAAACUGACAUUUCAGUAUUGUGGUCAGGCUGCAUGCCAGUACCCUUAUUUUUUAUUAUUUUUUUUUUCUCCCCACCAUGAAGCCCAUUCAUAACCAAAGGUGUCGGUGGCCAAAUGGUAUGAUCUGUACUUGAUUUCCCCAUGAAUGUGUAGUUCAUGAUGGUGCUGCUCCCUGUAACUGUGAUACUAGUACGACUGGGCCUUGAUAACAUGUCAAUUUGCUGUAAGUCCUCCUGUAGCAUAUCACCUGUUCAGCCCACAGCUCGCUGACUUCAGUGAGAACUCUUAAUGCAGUGUUAUGAAUUUGUGCCUUGUUUCCUGAAUGGCUUUAGAUGACUGACCAGAUGUUAAACGGCUAGUGAAUGAAUGGCUGAUCUAUCGGAUUAAUUAUAAUUGACUAUCAGCACUCUGCUUGAUGCUGGGCUCCUUGCUGUGUGGGAAGCUGAGGAAGGAAAGAAUGUGUUCUUGGUGGUGGGUAUGGUGUUGAACACUAAAGGCCAAAUUGUUGCACUAACAGACUACAUUGGAGAGAUGGAAGUGGUUCCUUGAUGUGCCUAAAAUAAAAUAUGAGCAGUGAAGUUUG